CAGUCAGUCAGUCGUCUGUCUGCGCGAAACGAUCAGACAACCUGCGAAAAGACGAUGCGAGGAAGCGGAUGGAGCCGAACAAACCGCCUGAAGGCUUCAGGAUGAAGAUGAUCUCCAGGAUCCUGCUGCUCCUCAUCCUCACCUCAUGUCUCUGUGCAGCAACAUUUGUAGUGAAUGUGACACAGAGCAGCUAUCAGGCAGAGGAGAACCACAGCGUCGCUCUGGAGUGGACCUUCACCACCGAACCCGACUCCUGCUUGAGCUUCGAGUUCAUGAUGUUCACAUUAAUAACCGAAAACAGAAAAGUGUCCAUCUUGUUCCAUGAGCAUGGUGGAGCGGAGGUGUCGCAGUCUCAGGAUAAACAGUUUGCAGGACGAGUCCAGAGUGAUAAAGAACUCCUUAAAGACGGACGGAUUAAACUGCAUGUGUCCAGGCUGAGGAUCAAUGACUCUGGUCUGUAUCUGUGUGAGAUCCAGGCAGAUUGUGGCUUCGGCUCUGCUGCCUGUCGGCUAAUAGUCACAGCUGGUGACAAACAACCUGUGAGUCCAACUGCGAAUCCUCCAACAGAAAAUAAAGGAUUGAUCGCUCUCUACGUUUUCCUGGUGUUGGCAGCAGCAGGAGCAGCAGGAGCAGCUCUGUACUGUAAAAAACAAAAAAAUAAGAUGUUAACCAUCUGUUACAAAGAGUCAGAUGAACAAUGUCCAGGACGAGACGACGACGAUACAGGUACCUUUGAGAACCUCAGUGACUUCAGGGUGAAGGAUGACGACCAGCUGCUGCUUCCUGGACUUCGUAUCGUCUCCUCUGGGCGACUUCCUGCUGUGAUGUCAGAGUAUUUGGACCUGAACUGAACUGGGACCUGAACUGAAGUGAACUGAGUCAGUGAAUCGUUCAGUCUGAUGUCGUGCUCUUGAUCAGCGCCUUUCUUCACACCAUCAUUUAUCCUUCUGGAUUUUCUGGAGAUUUUUGAAAUUCACGGCAGAAAUCUGAUCCAUCAUGAAGAUCAGAUGUUUUCUGAAGUCGUCAGCUUCCUCUUUCUAUGACUGACUCCCAAUCAUUUCUCAGUAUUUAGUAUUGUAUCUAUUGUUACUUUCUGUGAUUUAAAUAUUUAAUUUUUAACUGGCUUCCUUAAGUGCAUUAGUUAAACAGAAAUGUAUUAUUUUGUCUCGUUUUGGAGCAAGUUAGUGUCCGUUUUAUUUUCUUUAAAUCUGAAGAAGUUUGUGUUAAUGGUUGAUUUUUUUUACUUGAGUGAUUUUUAAAGCUCAUCUGCUUGAUUCAGUCAGUCAGUGGAAGACAACCGUCUUAUUUUUACUUUUUAAUGUGUUAUUUCAUGACAUCCUGUGUAUUUGUACAUGUUUCCAGCUCUAAUAACUUGAUGCGUCUUAAGCGAGUUUUUGUGAUGAAUCAAUUAAUCUGGCAGUGAAACCCAACGUGAUGCUGCCAGACUUUUAAAAAAUAAGAAUCAUUCCCCAGAUUUGCUGCAGUAACAUAACUUGUAUUGUUGUUGCUGCUCAUGAUUUAUGAGAAUCAGUGUUAGUGUGAAUAAAAUAACACACAGAAA